AUGGCUGACAAAUUACACGAAUAUUUCAAGCGUACUUCCUCUGAAUGGUGUCUUUAUACAAUUGCUGGCGGUGUGGAAGACAAGAGGAAGGAAGAGCGGAGACACUUCUUAAGAACUACAAAGAGGCAAGCCACUCGCCGAGCUGGCAUUGGACCCACUAGGGCACAGGAUCCUCAAACAGAUCGAAAAGAAGCGAGAAAAUGGAAUGAAGAGCGUUCUCGCAAGCAGGUUCAUUAUCACCAGCCGAUAAUUACUGACAUCAGUGGAAAUAUGACCGGGAAUAUAGGGACGAUGACUGGUAUAAAAUUACCAGCUUCUAGCAAACGAGGAAAUGAAACAACUGAAAAAGACGUUUCUAAACGUAAAAAGGUUAAAAAGACAAGAAAGAGCGUGAAAAGUGAUCUUCAACCAGGAAACGGAAGAUCUUCCGAGUCUCCUCUCUCUGAUGAGAGUAAUAAAGAACUUGAUGAAGACGAUAUGGAAAUUAAGUUCUAUUUAACAAGUAUUUCAACCGAAUUACAACGUGAACCGAUAGUCAAAUGGAAGGAAGUCACAGAAAGUAAUCCUCGCGCUGUCAAAAAGUCCUUAUUUCCACCGGAAAUUUUGUCAUCUCUCAACGAAGCGUCAUUUAAUCAUUUUCUCAGCAUGGACACAUUCAUGGAAGGUGGAAAGUCGAAACUAGGCAGACUAAUUGCACGAUCGUUCAAUGACUUAUAUGACAGCACUAUGAAGAUUGCUCCGUUAAAGCUGUCCGAAGAAGAGCAUUGUUUACAUUUUGUCUAUCCAAUUGCCCGUCCAUUUUUCGUUGGUGAAAAAGAAUACGAUUUAGUAUUGAACCGUUCUAAUACGGGUUCUAAAAGAAGACCGGACCUUUCAUGUGUUGUAGAUGGUGUACCAAUAUUGAAUUCAGAAUUUAAACCCUUAGGUAAUACACCAUUACAACGAUUAAAGGAUAGAUUAAAGGCACAGCUAAAGGCCCGGAAGUCUAUCAAUCAACAAUUGCAAAGUAAGGGAGGUCCGGGCGAAGCUGUUAUAUUUUUAAACAUGGGCGAUUUGAUGGAAUCUUACUCCAUGGACCUUAAGUACGACGGUUUAUACCGUUCCUGGCCAUUCCUCACUACCAGAUUGGUAGUUGACAAGACAAUGAUUCCGCUUGCGGGAGUCGCGAUUUAUCAUUUGGCAUCUUUAGAGGAGCACGUUGAACGGAUCGCAAAAGAUUUUAAAUAUCGAACAUGUCGUAGUGGAAAUACUACACCAACCGAACAAAUGUCUUUUAUGCGUAACUUUCCGGAUUCACCACAA